GUUACCUUAGGAAAAGUGUUAAAAGUGAUAGUGGUGAUGCGGAGCCUCUUCAUUGACCGCACAAUAGUAAAAGGGUACAAUGAAAAUGUCUAUACUGAAGAUGGCAAGCUUGACAUAUGGUCUAAAUCCAACUAUCAAGUUUUUCAAAAGGUGACAGAUCAUGCGACCACUGCUCUAUUGCACUACCAGCUGCCUCAAAUGCCAGAUGUGGUAGUCAGAUCUUUCAUGACCUGGUUAAGAAGUUACAUAAAGCUGUUCCAGGCUCCAUGCCAGCGCUGCGGAAAGUUUCUGCAGGAUGGCCUGCCACCCACAUGGAGGGAUUUCCGAACACUUGAAGCUUUUCAUGACACUUGCAGGCAAUAG